GGCGAGCGAUCAGCGGCCGCCCUCCAUCGCCACGACGCUCAUGCAUCAGGAGGACUGCGGACGCGCACAAGAACCCGCCAAUCCGGAUUUUUCCUGUCCUGUACCUGCUAGCACAACAUGGCUACCGAGCGUAAUGGCAAAACGCCUCUUGAGGGGCCGCCCGUGGAGUCUCCGGGAGACAGCUCGGCCGUCAGCGAUCCCGAGACAAAGCUGAAAGAUGACCUAGACCCGGCGGUGUCAGCCUCUAAGGGGGUUGAGGUUAACGACGACGGCACUGUGAACGAGAGAGCGCUGCUCCGCAGAAUCGACUGGCGGCUGCUUCCCGCGGUUGGCGUGCUCUACUUGCUCUCCUUCCUGGACCGCAGCAAUGUGGGCAACGCGCGCAUCGAGGGUCUCGCCGACGACACCGGCAUGACGGGGAACCAGUAUCUCACGGGUCUCACUCUCUAUUUUAUCGGAUAUGUGCUCUUCGAAAUACCCUGCAAUAUCAUUCUCAAGCGGACCACCCCUCGGUUCUGGUUGCCGUUUUUGACGGCAGUGUGGGGAGUUGUGUCGACGUUGACGGGCGUUGUCCAGAAUCUAUCCGGCUUCUUCGCCAAUCGCUUCUUCCUUGGUAUCGCUGAGUCCGGUCUCUUUCCGGGAGUCGUGUACUACUUCUCAAUGUGGUACAAGAGACGCGAGCGGCAGUUCCGGAUCUCGCUGUUCUUUGGCGCCGCCGCUCUUGCGGGCUCUUUUGGAGGAAUCCUGGCCUAUGGAAUUGGAGACAUGGCGGGCAUUGUGUGGAAGAACGGCUGGCGAUGGAUUUUCAUUCUCGAAGGCAUAGCAACAGUCGUGGUUUCGGUGGCUGCGUUCUGGUUUAUUUACAACUACCCUGACACAGCUGGUUUCCUUUCAAACAAGGAGCGUGAAUUCAUACGCAUUCGCCUAGCAUCAGACAGCGACGCGACCCGGGAUGAGCGCUUCACCUGGGGUAAUGUCUCCCGGGCUUUGCGCGAUCCAAAAUGCUGGCUAUAUGGGCUCAGCUUCCACGCCACGAGUCUGCCACUGUACACUUUCUCCCUGUUCUUGCCAACCAUCAUCAAGGAUCUCGGCUAUUCGUCAGCGAACGCUCAACUCAUGACCAUCCCGCCCUACGCCUUCGCAUUUUUGACGACCACAGGCGUCGCAGUCGUCUCCGAGAGGGUGGGACAUCGUGCGAUACCCAUAAUCGCCUCGUCGCUCUUCGCCAUCAUCGGCUACAUCAUCCUCUUGGCCAACACAGACCAGAGCGCACGGCCCGGUGUCUCCUACCUCGGCACCUUUUUCGCGGCCGGCGGCAUCUACCCGGCGACGGCACUUGCCCUGUCGUGGCCGGCCAUCAAUGUGUCCGGCCAGACCAAGCGAGCCGUUGCUAACGCCAUGCAGAUCAGCAUCGGCGACCUCGGCGCGGUCAUCGGGACGCAACUUUACCGUACCGAUACGGCACCACGCUACGUCCUCGGCCAUAGCUUUGCGCUUGGUUUCCUGGUUGCUGAGAUUGUUGUCUCGUCCUUGCUGUACUUCAUGCUGAAGAGGGAAAACGAGAGGCGGGAGGCCAUAGCCGCCGAGGUGAAAGAGGUGGGUGAUUUGCCAGACUGGGGCGGGGACGAUGACCCGAGGUGGCGAUUCGAGUUCUAAAACGUGAGUUGAUGAUCGCAUUUGUGUCGUGCCCAAGCCUCGCUGCCAAGCACAGCAGCACAGGUUAACUGUGGAAAGACUCCACAGCUACCGCCGCGAUGCUUGGAGGAAUUGGAGGAAGAGAGCACUUUGCAGAGAGCUGUACGGAGCUACACGAUGGCUUCGUAAUACUGUGAUUUUAGGACUAGAUCGACGA